AAGUCCGGGUUCAGAGAUCAAACAGCGACUAUCGUAGUUCAUUCGGAUCGAGCGCCUGCGCUAGCGGUGCUAAUGGUACUAAUCAACACCAACGAUUCGAGUGUUUGAAUCAGCAGUGUUCACCAGAACCACAGCGGAGUCUGAUUGGCUGUUCGGUGCACAAAAAAAGAGAAACGGAAACGAGCAAAGAACACUCAAGAAGCGCUAACACAUUUUGACGAGGUUGAGCUCCAGCAGAGAACUGGUACUCUUUGGGGAGCCCCCUGUAAUAGGGGCUAUGGGUGAAGAGGAGCAGCCCAGUCCGGAGGCUGGGAGCCCAGAUGUGGAAAAGGAACAUCUGCAGGCUAGUAAACUCCUGCAAGCUGAUGUCCCGUUCCCGGUGCUGCACGGCGAGCGCGUGGACUACGCGGAGAAGACUGAGGAAGUUGUCAUCGCUUUGUCGAGCUACCGCCUUCACAUUAAGUUCAAAGACAACACUGUAAACGUCCCUCUGCAGCUGAUAGAGAGCGUGGAAUGUCGGGAUUUGACUCAGCUUCAUCUCACCUGUAAAGACUGCAAGGUUAUCAGGUGUGAGUUCAGCUCGUCGGAGCAGACUCAAGACUGGUUGCGGAGGCUCACAGCAGCUCUACGUCCUCCCGCUCGCCUCGACGAGAUCUUCGCCUUUGCGUUCCACACCUGCAGUGCCAGUGUACCUGCCGAACAAGACCUGCAUUAUGAGAUUUGCCACACUGGAGAACACGUGAAGAACCGAUUCGGGUACGAAGUGUGCAGGAUGGGCUUCGACGCCCACAAUGCCUGGAGAAUCUCUGACAUUAACAACAAUUACAGACUCUGUGCCAGUUAUCCUGAGAUGAUUUUGGUGCCGAGAUGGGUGACAGACACGGAGCUAGAGAACGUGGCGGCAUUCCGAUCCUGGAAGAGAAUUCCAGCUGUUGUUUACAGACAUCAGAGCACGGGCGCUGUGAUUGGUCGGUGUGGGCAGCCUGAGGUGAGCUGGUGGGGCUGGAGGAAUGCAGAUGAUGAGAACUUGGUGCAGUCCAUCGCUAAGGCCUGUGGUAUGGACGCUGCAGCUGUUAAACAUCUGAGCAACGGUUCCUGUGUCCACAACAGCUCAGAUCCUGACAUAACCAAUGGCAAUGAGGAAGUGGAGUCAGAUACCCCGCCUCCUCAAAAGCUACUGAUACUGGAUGCCAGGUCAUACGCUGCCGCUGUGGCCAAUCGAGCCAAAGGAGGUGGCUGCGAAUGCCCAGAGUACUAUCCAAACUGUGAGGUGAUGUUCAUGGGCAUGGCUAACAUCCACUCCAUCAGGAGGAGCUUCCAGUGUCUACGGGCUCUCUGUGCACAAGUGCCCGACCCUACCAAUUGGCUGUCUGCUCUAGAAGGCACUAAAUGGCUGCAGCAUCUGUCUUUGCUGCUAAAGGCGUCUCUGUUGGUAGUGAACGCGGUGGAUCGGGACAGCAGACCCGUCCUGGUGCACUGUUCUGAUGGCUGGGAUCGCACGCCGCAGAUAGUGGCUCUGUCUAAACUGCUGCUGGACCCCUACUACAGAACCAUGGAGGGUUUUCAGGUUUUGGUGGAAACCGAGUGGCUGGAUUUCGGUCACAAGUUCGCCGAUCGCUGUGGACACGGGGAAAAUUCGGAGGACGUGAACGAGCGCUGUCCCGUCUUCCUGCAGUGGCUGGACUGUGUGCACCAGCUGCAGAGGCAGUUUCCAUGCUCCUUUCAGUUCAACGAGGCCUUUCUGGUGAAGCUGGUGCAGCACACCUACUCAUGUCUAUUCGGGACAUUCCUGUGCAACAGCCGGAAAGAGCGAGAGGAGCGAGGCGUACUAGAGAACACCUGCUCCGUCUGGUCUCUGCUUCAGCCAGCUAACCGAGCCUUCCACAACAUCCUGUACUCGCCACACUCCGAGACGGUGCUACACCCGGUGUGCCACGUGAGGAACCUAAUGCUGUGGAGUGCAGUCUACCUGCCCAACUCCGCUCCCUCCUUGCUUUGUGACGAGUCGUGUGCUUCUUAUUCCACCGCUUCAGCCUCACCCGAGGACACGCCUCCUGGCAGACUGCCAAAGACUCGUUCCUACGACCACCUGCUGACAGCUUGUGAAGGAACGAAUCUAUCAGCUUCGAACCGUCGCUGCAGCGAUCCCAACCUCAACGAGACGUGGCAGGAGCACCUUCGGUCAGAGGCGCGAACAGCAGAGACGCAACCCAAGGAGAACAUCGAGGAGGCAGAGUGUUGUAAUACACAUCAUCCUGAAAUGACUGGCUUGGACACACAGCUUCCAAAUGAUGGAUUAGUCAACGGGGUGGAGCAUUCGGACUCGAAAAUAGAAAACGGGAUUAUUUCUGUAAACCAGGGUGGGGAAGUCUCACCAGUUGUUAACACAGCCUGUCUAAAUGAGCUGUCCAACGAGGUGCCUGAACAGAACGGUGAGGAUUCAGCAUGUGACGAAGUGCUAAGACUUUCUCCGAGGGAAUCAGUUGCCUCUUCGACGCCUCACCCUGGUCACGGCACGAACAGCCAGGAAUGUUUCACUCCUGAAGAGCCUCUCUGUUUAGCUAAUAACCUAAAAUAUCACCCCGCUUCUCCACAUGAAGAAUCUACAGAACCAUUUAACAUGCCCUGCUCACUCCAUUCACCUUCACAGUCUCUCUCCCCAAAGCUGAUUAGUGACAGUUAUGUGUGCAACAGCGAAGAUCUUCGCAUUAACGGCUCCGUUUCACAGAGAUCCCUGAGCCGCCAAACGUCCGUAGCAAGUGCCGGGUCUCUACAGCUGGGCUGUUCUGGGCGAACGCCGGCUCAGAACUCUCACCUGGGCGAGGACGGGCUCAGCAUGCACAGGGACGCCGUACAGGUGCGGCUCAGGCAGAUGGAGGCCGGACAUCAGCUGCAGGUGGAGACGCUGAAAAGGCAGGUGCAGGCGCUGUGGAACCAGCUGCACGUCAGUGGAGAACUGACUCCGGUGCCGGACGGGGAGAAUAACGUAGAGGCCGUGCAUCUGUCUCGCUGCGGCACCGAGCUAUUCCCCGAGAGCAGCUGGGAGAAUGAGGAUCAGCACGACAAACAGGUCUCUCGCUGGUAUUCCGAACACCUUCCGACACACUGCUACAGAUGCGAGAGCAAGUUCUGGCUAGCUGCUAGAAAACAGCAGUGCAGUGCCAGAGAACCUGUUGAGGAAGCCUGGAAUUGCGGGAACGUGUUUUGCGCCAGCUGCUGUGACCACAAAGCGACGAAUCAGCCGUUAUAUGAACCUAACCGCGUGUGCCAGGCCUGUUAUGGGCACCUCCGCCCAUCAGCUGUGCCCCCUGUGCUGCCUCCUGCUGACCUGGAGCUGGAGAAACCCAUCACAGCCAGUUCCAACUGAACAGAACCCUUUACAUGCUGAUCAACGACUCAGUUAUCCUCUAGGAAUCUUAAUCAGCAUCGUGUGAGAAGUUCAGAUUAGAUUAGUACAAUUUCCAACGCUAAAGACGACAGAGGUUUAAAUCCCAAAAACUAAGGCGUCAGAUAAUGAACAUAAUUUAUUAUUAACGUUAGAAGCGGUCGUCUCUCCGCCAUGUGGAUUCUAGAUUAAUGUUAAGCUGUGCAAAAAACCCCCUCACAGGCUUUUAUAUAUGCAGUACAUCAUAUAAAGCCAUGUGGAAUCCUAGAGAAUGACUCUGUGCUCAUGUGAAUAGCAGAUGUGUGUAUAUAAUGCCAUGUACAGUCCAAAAAGAGCACAGUGUAUAUGCUGAAAUUAAAAUAAUUCAAUCUGA